CUAUGAUGUGGCUGUUUUUGACCAUAACUUGUUUGAUUUCUGGAAACUUAAAUGCUGGUGGAUUAGUUGAUUUGGAAAAUGAAGUGAAUCCUGAGGUGUGGAUGAAUACUAGUGAAAUAAUCAUCUACAAUGGCUAUCCCAGUGAAGAGUAUGAAGUCACCACUGAAGAUGGGUACAUACUGCUUGUCAACAGAAUUCCCUAUGGGCGAAGACAUGCUAGGAGCACAGGUCCCCGUCCAGUUGUGUAUAUGCAGCAUGCCCUGUUUGCCGACAAUGCCUACUGGCUUGAGAAUUAUGCCAAUGGAAGCCUUGGAUUCCUUCUAGCAGAUGCAGGUUACGAUGUAUGGAUGGGAAACAGUCGGGGAAACACUUGGUCAAGAAGACACAAAACACUCUCAGAGACAGACGAGAAAUUCUGGGCCUUUAGUUUUGAUGAAAUGGCCAAAUACGAUCUCCCAGGAAUAAUAGACUUCAUUAUAAAUAAAACUGGUCAGGAGAAAUUGCAUUUCAUUGGACAUUCACUUGGCACUACAAUAGGGUUUGUAGCCUUUUCCACCAUGCCUGAACUGGCACAAAGAAUCAAAAUGAAUUUUGCCUUGGGUCCUGUGAUCUCAUUCAAAUAUCCAACCAGCAUUUUUACCAGUUUUUUUCGACUUCCAAAUUCCAUAAUCAAGGCUUUUUUUGGUACCAAAGGUUUCUUUUUAGAAGAUAAGAAAAAGAAGACACCUUAUAGCAAAAUCUGCAGCAAUAAGAUACUCUGGUUGUUAUGUAGAGAAUUUAUGUCCUUAUGGGCUGGUUUCAACCAGAAAAAUAUGAAUCAGAGUCGAAUGGAUGUGUAUAUGUCACAUGCUCCCACUGGUUCAUCAAUACAGAACAUUCUGCAUAUAAAACAGCUUUACCAAUCUGAUGAAUUCAGAGCUUAUGACUGGGGAAAUGAAGCCGAUAAUAUGAAACAUUACAAUCAGAUUCGUCCCCCUAUGUAUGACCUGACUGCCAUGAAAGUGCCUACUGCUAUUUGGGCUGGUGGACAUGACGUCCUUGUAACACCCCAGGAUGUGGCCAGGAUACUGCCUCAAAUCAAGAGUCUUUAUUACUUUAAGCUAUUGCCCGAUUGGAACCACUUUGAUUUUGUCUGGGGCCUCGAUGCCCCUCAACGGAUGUACAGUGAAAUUAUAGCUUUAAUGAAGGCAUAUUCCUAAAUGCUAUACAUUGCAUUUACUUUUCAGUCAAAAGUUGCUUCCAAGCCCAUAAGGGACUUUAGGAAAAAUACUAACCAAGAAUGAGGUCAUCCUCCAACACCCUGGGGGAGAAGCAUAAUGAAGUUUGUUUUCCAAAUUCAUUGUGUUAGUGUUAUUUAUGUUUAGAGACAUCUUUGCAUGGGACCAUCUACAGGUCCUUAUAAACAAUGAGGCAGAUUGGGCAAAAAGAUAAAUAAGUUGCUAUUCUAUUUGGUAUUUAACUCGAAUUAAAUUAUAAUUUUUAGUGUAUACCAUGAAGUAUAGAAAUGUCUGAAAUUUCAAAGGAACAGUGAAAUUCCAUUAAGGUCCUAUAUGGAAACAUCUAUGGUCAUUUUAUUUAUAUGGGUUGCUAGGGCAAUGAAUAGAGUGUGCGAUUAGGAGGCGGGCCUGUAACUUCUUUAUAAAAUUUUUUUAGGUAUCCUGAAGAUGUACUAGACAUUUUUACCUUUUUAGGUAUUUUCAACAUCAGAAAUUCAAAAAAGUCCCCAGAGAUUCUUCCAGAGAAGUCAUAGCCUCUUAUAAUCUUAUCCCUGGCUAUCUGGGUAAAUGAAUUCUUGAACCCAUAAUAGGAUACAUGUAUAAAAUCUUCCUCAUUGCAGCAGAAAUAAAU